AGUAUGAGGUGAAAGAGGCUCUGCUAAAACAGGUUGUGCUCUCUGCACGCAGACCUAAUCUCAUCUAGGGGUAUCUAGGACCCCUAUAAUCAUGACCCCUUGAAAACAGAGGCAUGCCCAGUCUUUUGCAUCUGUAGUCACUGUACCAACCAACGCCCAAUAAAUAACAUAGACCUCGAUACCCGCGAUCUAUACAGUGUUUGUUCAGUAUCAAACAUUUAUUAAAAUGGCGAAUAAAAGCUCGAUCAUCAAUGUCGUGUGUUUACUAUUAUUGUCUAUAGUGAUAGAUACUAACGCGAUUCGCUGCUAUCAGUGUAGCAGUGAUACUGACCCCAAAGGAGAAGAUUUGUGCGGGGCCUACAACAAAUUUGACAAAGAAAAAAAUAUUGCCAUUGAAUGUAACAGCGAGGAAUCUCAUAUGCCUGGAACGUUCUGUGUCAAAGUAACUCAUCAAAGUCCUCGUGGUUUCAUUUGGGACGGUAGAUGGCGACAGGUAAUACGUCGAUGCGCUUCUGUAUCUAGUACCGGCGUCACGGGUGUUUGUAAUUGGGGAGUACUUCCAAACGGAGUAUAUUGGGAAGAAUGUUCUUGUGCCGAAGAUUCGUGUAAUGAAGCAUCAACUUUAUCGUCCUUCUCGAUAAUGAGAAUUUUACUUUUGCUUGCUAUUUCCAUAUUAUUCUAGUGGAGUUGUAAUAAGUUUGAAUAAACGAUGAAUGUUGCUGAUGGAGUCGGAUAUUCACGAUCAGAAGUAUUCGUGCUCGUGGCCAGAGUAUCUUUUAUUGCGGCCGUUGGGUUUUUUAGUAUGAAAUGGAUUAUGAAUCAACUUGAUCCUACGAACAAUGCGAAGAAGAAAGCUAGGAAAAAGGCACAGGAACAGUUCCGAAAAUUGGCCAAAACUGAUAACUUAUUAUGGACAGUAGACAUGGACCAACUAACAGAUUAUGAAAUGAUGAUAGCUAAUCAUAUAGUGGAUCCUCAAGAUAUCAGAGUUUCAUGGGAAAAUAUCGCAGGCCUUGAACAUGUUAUUCAAGAACUUAAAGAAACUGUUAUAUUACCUAUACAAAGAAAAGAAUUAUUUGAAGAUUCUCAAUUAACUCAAGCACCAAAAGGAGUAUUGUUACAUGGACCACCAGGUUGUGGUAAAACAAUGAUCGCUAAAGCAACAGCAAAGGAAACCAAAACAUGCUUUAUCAAUUUAGAUGUAAGCAUCUUAACUGAUAAGUGGUAUGGUGAAAGUCAAAAAUUAACUGCGGCCGUCUUCUCAUUGGCUGUGAAACUUCAACCAUGUAUCAUUUUUAUAGAUGAAAUAGAUUCAUUCUUAAGAGCACGUAAUUCACAAGAUCAUGAAGCAACUGCAAUGAUGAAAGCACAAUUCAUGUCUCUUUGGGAUGGAUUAAUCACUGAUCCUUCUUGCACAGUAAUAAUAAUGGGUGCUACCAACAGACCUCAAGACUUGGACCGAGCUAUCCUUAGGCGCAUGCCAGCUACUUUCCAUAUUGGUUUACCAAACGAGCAACAACGAAUGCAAGUGUUAGGGUUGAUAUUAGAGCAUGAACCAAUAGCGGAAAAUGUGGAUAUUGCGAAAUUAGCGAAAAUGACCGAGGGUUUUUCUGGAUCGGAUUUGCAAGAACUUUGUAGAAAUGCAUCUGUUUAUCGCGUUCGAGAUUACUUACGGACUCAUACACAAGAUGCAAGCGCUGGUACUGACGAUGAAGAAUACCAUGACGCUGUACGACCUAUUACAAUGGAAGAUCUUCUUACCUCGUAUAAAAAGAUGAAAACUUCUAAAAUACAUACGGGUACCCUUAGUACAGCCAAAUUAGAUCUAGAUUAAGAAAGGGUAUUUAUAACAUAUUACUUAACAGUCUUUUUUGGAAAACAAUUUUAUAAUAAUGUUAUAUAAUUUUAUUUUUUCAUGUAUUUAAAUUCUUUUGUUUAAUUGAAAGAAACUUUGUUUUUCUGGCGCUUUACAGGCUGGGUGUAAUCAUUAGAUAUACUUAUUUUAUUUAGGAUAAUCAGCAUCAAAUUGCUAUUGGUUAUUAUCAGUGUUCGAUAAAUUAGAUUUGUUGGAUAAACUGUUAGUUGCUGAUGAUCCGGUGUAUAGCGUACGCUGAUAGCAUUUGGGGCUAAAGCUUAUGAAUGGAUCUACAACAUCACUGUAGAAAGCUACUAGAAUUUUUAGUUAGACAUCGUUACGUAGAAUCAUAAUUCGAUGUAUCUCGAACGGCAGAGAUAUAUCUUGUGGGUUCCUUGGAUCUCUAGAUACUACAAUUGAAAUACAGAUAACACUCUAUUGUUCUAAUAUUAAAGAGGAUGUAUAUACUGUUCAAGUCAGGAGGUUACAUGCGUUGAAGUACAUACAUGGUUACUGUGGCUAUCAUCCAACUGCUACAAAAAUUUAACUCUCUUUGAAUUUUAUGCUGUCGAGGGUCAAUAGGGAAGCUAUUCAAACAGGGAAGCUAAGAAUAUGUUUAGAACAAGUGGAUGUGUACUUUGUAGGAAUUUGGCAAUUCGAUCCCGUAGAGUUUCACUCUUUUGUGGCUCUAUUCGGAAUGUAGUAUUUUGAUCUCAGACCUUCGUUCGGAACUUCACUUCGAAUGGAUCCGACUAAUCGCCAUGAUUAUCCUUUUUAUACCAAAAAUCAGACAAGAGAAAGGUAGUAGGGAUGAAAGUGAAGCCGUACACCGUGGGAAAUACUUCACAGUAAAGAUUUUCGCUUAGCGGUUUUAUCCUGGUUCCCAGAAUGCACUCAAAUCUAAAGUGCCUGAACUUUAAAUAAGAAAAAGAAUUUGGCGAAUACAACAAUACCAACAGCAUACGAAACAUUGAUACACAGCGACGAACUUGGUGUAAAUGGAUAUAGAAGAAUUUUACUUUUUGCGAGGUAAAGGAUUUAUACAUGUAUAUGAAUACGAAUGUGUAUUUGUGUAUAAAUAUAAAAUCGUACCGUGUAGUUACGAACAGAAGAAAAUUUUUGUAACAACUGAUAUUAGUAACUUUUAACAUUAUUUACAGUAUUAAUGAAAGCCUACAAAAGCUAAUAAUGGUUUUUUUUUUCUUUUUCUUAAUCUAAUUUGAUGAGCUUGAUUCAAAUCAAACAAAAUCUUCCAGUAUUUAUGUUUUGUCGCUAUUAACUUAUCGCAUCGCUGGUUAAAUGUUUUACACUGGAAGCUUCGGACCGCUUAUAUUUUUUUUUUUUUCCAAAAGUUACCUCUGUAUGAGUGCGUGCGAGUGUAUUAUGCAUUUUAAAAGAUCACCUCAUAAAAAGCAUUCGAUAUAUAUCUUACUGUUGUAUAAAUUUUAUCGUGUUAUUGUUACAUCUGUACGUACAAAUUUCUGAAUUUUCUGUGUAGAUAACAAUUCGUAAUUAUCAUUCAUAAGUAAAGAAAUAUAUAUUCAAAUGAUAUUGCUAAUUGCGCCCUUGUAACUGAUACGAAAAAAAAAGAAAUCAAUAGAAAAUACUUUUUAACUGUAAGAUAUAAAUGAUUUAAAUUUAAAAAAAAUGUAAAAAUACAAUACACUGACUUGUGUAAAAUAAUUGAUAGUUUGUAUGAUGCGUAUUUAAAAAAUUUCAAAAAGUACAGCUUGAUUUAUUAGUUAAAAUUAAGUCGAUUGUAUAUACCUAGUAAUACGUUAAAUCAACGAACAUCUUUUAAGGACUACAUUAUGAAGUUUAAAAUAAUGUGUGUGGGUUGUACAUUAUUACAUGUACAUAUAUGAUGAAAAAUGUAUAAAUUCUGAUAAAAAAUCAUUGCGUUACGAAUUCAAAAAUGUUAAAUACAAGAAAUUAAGUACUUCAGAAGGUAUAAGAUAUUUGGCUUAUCCUUCUAUUAGGAAAGCAACAAUUUGAAUGAAACGUGUAAUCUGGUUAAUAAACAAGUAUA